AAUAAAUUGGCACUCGUCGCAGAUCAUAUUAAGACAUCUCUAUGACUUACAAGACGAACAGUUUGCCGUAAUCAAAGAAUAUUUGGUACUGGAAACAAAGCGAAUACACGACUUGGAGCGGUGAACAUUUUUUAAGAAAUAAUUAAAUAGUUUUAUAUUUUUCACUUAUUUGUAAUAAAAAAAAGAAACACAAAUAACAACUUUUCAAAAUUAUUUUCUUGCAAACAAUGGAAACCCGACCCAUAUUUUAUUCGGAACACUAACCUAAUCGGAAAAGGUCUACAGCAUCAAAAUUGCUCUUAUUUGUUAGUUACGUUAUUGCCAUUGUUUUAAUGACUUCAAUGCUUGAUUGGUACAUAAAUUAUUCAUAUGUAAAACACACCUUAAUACUUAGUCCCGUUGGUAGUUCAAAAUUGAUGUCACGCGUACACAAAAACUUAUCAGGAUUAAGAAAAUUGAUGAAUAAUUAUAAUUCAGUGAAAGUCAUUAAUCAAUUUGACGAACACAAAGCCGUUAGUGAAUUUAAUAUGCAAUCAGCGUAUCGGUCUCUAAGAAGGAUUCAAAAAGUGUACGCGAUUCCUGCAUCCGACAUGGCUGCAGGUAGAUAUAAGGAUCGGACCAUCGGAGACCCAAUGGACGCUUGUGAAUGUUAUCACAUGUCUAAAUAUAGUUUCGAAGAAUAUGACACAUAUGGUGUAAUAGAUUGGGCUGUUCAAGCUUAUAAUAAAUGGUUCAUCGAUCGUCCAAAAUGUGUAGACAUAGAUAAAUUGCAUUAUUAUACAAGAUCAGCAUCGAUGACCACAGGAUUUAGUUUUGAAACUGUAUUGGGUUUUAGUAAUCUGAAUCAUUCAGAAAACAAUGAACUUUCUGCACAUUUUUCUCUAAUGGCAAACGCAUUAAACAUUCGCGAUAUCAGUGCACAAUCCGCAGAUAUAAUGUAUGAUAAAUACGAUGAUUUUGAAAAAUCCGAUCUAUUUAGACAUUUCCGCUAUUUAUGUAGGAAAGGAAAAUCAGUAAGACCUUUAACGUAUGAUUCUAAAUGCCAUUACCAAACGAAAAAUUCUCCGUAUAGGAUGAUAAUGCCUUUCAAAGAAGAAGAUAUCAGUAGCAAUCCGAACAUAAAACUAUAUCAUGACAUUAUCUAUGACGAAGAGAUUAAAACUAUUACUGAUAUGGCUUCGAAAGACUUGUCCGACGCAGCAUACUACUUUAACGGUAAGAUUACUUUAUUGGACGACAAACGUCUGGGUCAGCUGAAAUGGUUUUCGGAAAAUGCAAACCCGAUCCUGUUUGGUAAGCUAAACGAACGUAUUGAAUGCAUUACCGAGUAUUCGACCAAGACAGCCGAAGGAUAUCAAACGGUCAACUAUGGCUUAGGCGGUCAUUUCUCUGUACACAUGGAUGCAUUUACAGAUGGCCCCAAGUUGAACGGCAACAGAUUGGUCACCAUACUAUUUUAUAUGUCUGACGUCCCCGAUGAUGGGUAUACUGUAUUUCCGAAAUUAAAUUAUGUUGCAAAUUGUCGUAAAGGAACAGCUUUAGUUUGGCUAAACUUACACUUGAAUAAUGGUUCUGUACAUAGUGGCACUUUUCAUGGAGGUUGUCCUGUGAUAAAAGGAAAUAAAUGGAUUAUGACAAAGGGAUUAUACGAAGAAGGACAACAUUUAACAUACAAUUGGCGAGAUAAUAAAAUAAUCAACAUAGUUUAGAAAUAUUGUUUUUAAAUAUUUUUUAUUUUUUAUAUUAUAUUUUAAUUUCAAAUCAAAUAAAAAUAUAUAUUACAUGUACCUAUUAUGUAAUAUGUAUACGGUUGGGUAACCUUUAUGUACCUCUAAUCUCUAUAUGACUAUAUAUAUAGGUAUACCUGUGUACUUUUACUAAUUUCAUAAUAUUCACUAAGUAAUUUAAGAUAUAAUAAUAAAUUGAAUUGUAUACCUCUAUUUGUAUUAUAUAGAUACAA